AUGGCGGGCUACAGCUAUCUUGACAAGGGGCCUCGCCUUUUUGGACAGCUUCCAUUCUUUGUCAGCCAAGCUGUCAAGCUGUCAGAAAAGGACGGAAGAUGCGUGCGUGCGCAUUGCGUUGGUCCCGUUACGCAGUUAGCGCUUUGGCAGCCAGCCGCACACGCAUCCGUGAUGUUGUUGUUCUUAUGGCUCGGGUUCGCGUGCGCGUGGCUGGAGACCCGGAGCGACAACGAGGGAGUUUUCUACCAGUUUUUGUACCAUUUCCCGGCUGCUAUUGCCUGCGCUGUCCUACUGGCUUGCGAGGUGCAUAUCGCAAAGUAUUCGAGCACCUGGUUCAUGGACAAGUCCGCAAGGCAGGGCCGGGGUGCGUGGGCGUGCCCGCCCGUGGUCGUGAUUCUCUGGCUCUCUCGCGUGUGCUCUGUUGGAGGGCUCGCCGGCACCGAGCGCAGCGAGGCGGACGAGGAGUUGCUGUCCGGCGCGACGUCUGAAGUGAUGUCCGGAUCCGAGUGCCUCUCUGAUGCGCAGACGUACAGCUGUCUGCGGCAGACCCUCGCCCCGUGUCAGCGUAGCGUCGAGAUGCGUAACAUCAUCAAGCAUACAUUUUCGGAGGUCCGCGCUGAUUCCUUAGAUCGGCGCUGGACCCCCAUCCCUGGCGCACGGAGCGCGCCAGAGGCGGCGCCAGAUGCGCCGCCAAGGGUAUCCAGCCUUCUCAUCGAGCGCACCUAG